AUGCAUUUAUCAUACUGCCUUCUGGCAUUAUCAGCUUCCUAUGGGGCUCUGGCAGCCCCUAGAACGCAAGAUCAUGCCCUUGCAAACAGUGGAACAGCUGACAUUUUCAAACGUACCAUGGAUGGCCUGCCCAGCGGCAUGUGCCUGUGCCCGUGUGCCCAAGGUCAAGACAACAAGCAAGAUCUAAGCAAAGAUGGUGACAAGAAUGCAUAUGGCAGUGAGGACUACAACAAGGGGACCUAUAAUGGCGGAAUGUACGAUGGAGAGUACGACCAGAGGCAACAGGAAGCGGACAAGUAUAUCAAGGAUAAAUAUAUGGCUCUGAUGAAAAAGAAUGAGAACAAUGACAACGAGAAGAAGAAAAGGCGCCAGGAGUAUGCGUUGGACAAAUACUCCGGAAAUACUGUGAUGAUAGAACUGGUUCACGUGUUGGUUGAAGUUGAAAUUGGUAGCGGAAAGCAGAAUAAACACUAUGCAAUGUCUAAGUGGGUAGUUGAUGGAGGCAAGGAGAAGACGAAAACGUGCCUCAUGACCGCUGCGGAAACCAUGACAAUUGGGGCCGGCUCAUGCGAUGACGGCGCCGCCAGUGGUGGAGCUGCUGCUGCUACUGGCUAUGCCGGUGAUGACAAAUAUCAGAAGGAGAAGGAAGAUGCCAAGAUGAUGGAUGAUAAAAAGGAGUAUGACGGUGGCAGCGGUGGCGCUUACAGCUCUUCGUCCUAUGAUGCCGGUGCAGCCACCCCAUCCUAUUACGUGGCGACCUCAACCUAUCCUGACGGCACUUCCACGUAUUCCUACACCACCUCAAUCUAUUCUGCUACCUCAUCUACCUACUCUGAUGCCGGCGCAUACACCCCAUCUCCCUACCCCAUGGCCUCAAAUGAAGGUGAGAAAGGAAAAGAUGUGCAGGACAAGGGGAUGAAUGACAAGGGGAUGAACGACAAGGGGAUGAACGACAAGGGGAUGAACGACAAGGGGAUGAACGACAAGGAGAUGAAAGAUAAGGAGAUGAAGGACAAGGGGGUGAACGACAAAGACGAAUCCAAGAAAUCCUCCGACUCAUCCUCAAUGAGCGACCAAACGAAACUCGAAGAUGGCAAACCGAUUUACGUCGUCCGCCGCCAAACCGGAGGCACAGUCUCGCAAGUGAUGGCGCCCUUCAUUGGGAUGAAUGACACAAUAAUCAUGCCCGCUUCGGUGGGUGCGCCGCAACCUCACCCUGGUGUUGAGCUUGUGGAGGACCCGGCAAAGGAUGUCGGGAAGGACGGAUGGAGUAGUGUUUGUGGCAUGUAA